UUUAUUAAUGAAAGCAGAGUCCUGAAACUUCCCAGAAAGGGUGUGGCGAUUUGCACAAGUUGGUUGCGUGCUAGCUCUUCUGUUAUGUCUAGUUUACAUACAGGUAGGACUGGCUGUGACUGGUAACCUGCUUUACUGUAAUCCAAUGUGAUCAUAGGCCAUUUCAAAGAAAGUGUGGUUAGGAGUACUGGGGAUUCUAAAAUCCAAUGGGCGAAAAUCCAGCUGAGGUUGUGUCACACCUCAAGAAAACAUUCUCUAGCAUUGUCUUGCCAAACCGAAGAAUCUAACUUAAAAUCACACUUCCGCGAGCCUGAAACCACUGAAACAAAGUGAAGAGGAGGACCUUGGGUUUAUCAUCUCUAAAAUACAUGGAUUCAUCUAUGGAUUGGAGUCAGAGGUUGCAGCUCUUGCUCUUCUCACUCCUCUGUCUCACUGGCAACUCCAAGGCAGUAGGAGACUCUUUGUUUGCAGAGCUCUGUGAGGACAAAGGACGAGAGACUGAGUGGGUCUUUUCAGUUUCCGGUGAUGCUGCCAUGUUGACAUCCACCCUGUUGGACCUCAAUGGGUUCAACUACCACAGCAUCCCCUAUAACAUCUCAUGGUAUUACCUAAGGACUGGGACAGAGCUGACCAGGAAGACAGGAAAGACUCUGGUGCGGGGGAAGACACUUUGGAUUUUUAACAUCAUGAUGGAAGAUGCUGGAGACUAUGAGUGUGUUGUGAGACUACCUUCUGAGUGCUACAAGAAGGUUGCCUUACUGAUUGUGAACCACACCAACCCAGAAGAAUGCGGUCGACCAGAAAAGGCCCAACAGGUCCUGACCAACACAGCCACCUCUUUCCUGAACUGCCCAUUGAGUGAGCAUAUCAGGGAAGUAGACAACUACUCCAUCCAGUGGUACAAGGGCUGUGAACCCAUUGUGGAAGAUGAUCCCUUGUGGAACAGGUUUAGUUAUGUCAGUCACAGUGCUGUGGAGUUACUCCGAGUAGAAGUGGUCACCCUUGAGGACCAUGCGUUCUACACCUGCACCAUGACCUUUAACUUGGAAGGGCUCAGCGGCAGGAUCUCAGAGACCAUCAACAGUAUGGUGGACGUGGAGUAUUGCCUGGAGCCCAAAGUGGUUGAACCUGCCAAUGAGAUCAUCAAAGCAGAUUUGGGUUCUUCCUUCAGUAAGAUGUGUCGGGUGUUUGUCCCGAGUGUGGGGAAUAAACAUUGUGCAAAUUUGAAUUGGAUAGCGCGAGAUAACUCAAUUUCCAAAAUUGUCUCAGAGCGCGUCUUUCAGGAAUCACAAAGGGGGAACUUUUCUGAAGAGAAGGAGGGUGUAUGGUUGGAGCGUAAUUUGAAUUUCUUGACGGUGGAAGAGGAAGACUUUUCCAUCCAUUACACGUGUAAGGUUUCCAGCGACAGAGGCAGUCCUUCUGCCUCCUUCACACUACAGCCUACAGAUCCAAACUAUCUGUUCCCUAUUGGGGUACUACUGAUCACUCUGGUAUUGGUGUUUACUGUUAGUGUUGUUAUUUACCAUUGCUUCAAGAUCGACAUCAUGCUGUCUCUCAGGAGGAUGUUCCCGCUUCUCCACACAAACACAGUGGCAGACUCUGAUGGGAAGCUGUAUGAUGCGUACGUGGCUUACCCCUGCGUGCAGAAAGACGAGGUGCCCAGAGAAGAACAGCCUGUUGAACUUGUGAUGGGAUUGAUGGGCUUUGGAGAGGACAGUGAUAGACAUAAGGAGGAAAUAUGUUGAAUGAAAGGACUUCUGAUACCAUGGAGAGUAUAAAUGUUGUAUCUGCCUCUCACAACACAUUUUCAUGAAAAUUUAUUGAAUCAGACUUUGGAAGAUUGAUCUUCUGGGGUGAGAUUUAUUUUUGGCGGGAUGAUGAUUGAUCGUCCUGCCGAUGGAAAAUGCACAGUUAAGAGUGUAUUAAUUCUGACCAUAUUGGCAGAGCAACUCAAAUACACACGCAUGCACGCACAUACACACACAGACACACAAACCACACACACCAUUUACCACCAUGUUGUACAUACACACCACAUCUGUGAGAGAGCUUUAAUAAAGAGUGCCCGGUACAUUUUAUACAAUGUA